AACGAGGCCAUGCUGCUCCAUGACGACUCGGGAGCCCGGUGCCAGCCGUGCCCCGUUAGCGUCCAUCGCAUCUUGUCCUUGGAUUUGGAUUUGCAAAGGACCACAGCGGUGGCUCUGGCCGAGGACCAAGGCCAAGGGAUAUGCAGCUGAGGCUGACUCGCUUUGUCUAUCACGCUCAUAAAUAUCGCCGCUUUCCCCUGUUCACAUGAGUUUGGCCUACUGGUUUUGCUGGAUGCAGCCAUCCUGUCGAUUACACAUAGUCUGGACGGAUUAGACCAAACUCUGUUCAAGCCCUCGGCUGGCUUUCAUAUGUAACUUGAGGCUUCAACAAGCGUCGUGGCGUCCGAUUUCCUUCCAUCCCUAGUCAGGGCAGACUCUUCAAGAUCUCCCCGCCUUCGCAAGACACGCACUCAUCCAUCUACUCCUCCAUCCUCAUCAGCCUCAACGACAUCAUGACCACCCGCUCUCUUCCCAGCAAUGGCAGCUCUGCCUUUGACUACAUCAUCGUUGGCGGAGGCACUGCCGGCUGUGUAAUUGCCUCGAGACUCUCCAGCUACUUACCCGAGAAACGUGUCCUCCUGAUCGAGGCGGGUCCCUCAGACUUUAACCUCAACCAUGUCCUUAACCUGCGGGAAUGGCUGAGCCUGCUGGGCGGCGACUUGGACUACGACUACGGCACGACAGAGCAGCCGAUGGGUAACAGCCAUAUUCGACACUCUCGCGCCAAGGUCCUUGGAGGAUGCUCCUCGCACAAUACACUCAUUUCCUUCCGUCCAUUCCGCCAUGACAUGGACCGUUGGGUGGCUCAGGGCUGCAAGGGCUGGACCUUUGAGAAUGUCACCCGUCACAUUGACAACCUUCGCAACACCUUCCAGCCCGUUCAUGCACGCCAUCGCAACCAGCUGUGCAAGGACUGGGUUCAAGCCUGUGCCUCUGCCCUCAACAUUCCCGUCAUUGACGACUUCAACGCCGAGAUUCGCGAAAAGGGCCAGCUCACGCAGGGUGCGGGCUUCUUCAACGUCUCUUACAACCCGGAUGAUUGCCGCCGGAGCAGCGCGUCUGUCGCUUACAUCCAUCCCAUCUUGCGCGGUGAGGAGCGGCGGCCGAACUUGACCAUCUUGACUGAGGCUCACGUCUCCAAAGUCUUGGUCGAGAACGAUGUGGCUAGCGGUAUCGUUGUUCACUUGGCUUCUGGCGAGAGAGUGGUGCUCAAGCCCCGGAAGGAAAUCAUCCUUUGUGCCGGUGCUGUAGACACGCCCCGCCUUAUGCUGCACUCUGGCCUUGGCCCUCGCUCACAGCUUGAGGGACUGGGAAUCCCUGUUGUCAAGGACAUUCCCGGAGUUGGCGAAAACUUGCUCGACCAUCCCGAGACGAUCAUCAUUUGGGAACUCAAGAAGCCGGUUCCUCCUAACCAGACAACCAUGGACUCGGAUGCCGGUCUCUUUCUCCGCCGAGAGCCCACCAACGCCGCCGGCAACGACGGUGAUGCUGCCGACAUCAUGAUGCACUGCUACCAGAUUCCGUUUACACUCAACACAGAACGGCUGGGCUACCGCAGGAUUCAAGACGGCUAUGCCUUUUGCAUGACUCCCAAUAUCCCCCGGCCUAGAUCCCGUGGCCGCCUCUACCUGACUUCGGCGGACCCCGCGGUGAAGCCGGCGCUGGACUUCCGGUACUUCACCGACCCCGAAGGCUACGACGCCGCCACAUUCGUCGCCGGCAUCAAGGCGGCUCGCAAAGUUGCCCAGCAAAGCCCCUUCAAGGAGUGGCUGAAGGAGGAGGUUGCGCCCGGUCCUAAGGUGCAGACCGACGAACAGAUUAGCGAAUACGCUCGCCGUGUCGCCCAUACCGUCUACCACCCUGCCGGAACAACCAAGAUGGGCGACGUGACCAAGGAUGAGGCCGCAGUCGUGGACCACGAGCUCAAGGUCCGGGGUAUCGGCAAAUUGCGCAUUGCUGACGCCGGCGUAUUUCCCGAAAUGCCUACCAUCAACCCCAUGCUUACGGUGCUGGCCAUCGGUGAGCGAGCCGCAGAGCUGAUUGCCAUGGAGGAGGGCUGGAAGCCCAAGCCGUCGAAGCUAUAGAUGAGAUGCCCUUAUGCUUCACUAGC